AUGCCGUUCGUACUCGACACAGAGCGCAUAUCGGAAUUUGUCGACCAGCUCCCCCGCUCGGUCCUUGAGCGCGCCCCCAAAACCCACUUCCCCAUCCAGCUCCCGCUCGCCUUCCCUUCUCCACUACACCAUGUCAACCUCCUCACUGUCCUCCACCUCGUUCACGCCACUCUCAGCCAGCCUCGGCAUACUCUCUAUCUCGCCGAGACCCGAUCUGAUGCAUACGAUAUCGCCAUUCGAGGCGUCUUUGGACUAUACCUCGGCUCGGACGAAACGUGGGGUGCGCAGAACUUGCUCUCGGCGAAAGCAUGGAAACAGGGGGCUAUGAGCGAGGCGAAGGUUGGGGAGUUCUUCAGCUUGGAUAUCAUGCGGGAGAAGAACCAUCCGACCUUGCCUGUGAAGAUAGGGGAGAGGUGGGGACCGGGCGCGGAGAUAGCGGGGGAUCUGGUGGCGCUGUUCAUGCGGUUAGGGGAGGGGAUGGCUAUGCGAUGUGUAGGGGAGGCGGUAUUGGCUGCUCUAGGAACGUCUAGAGAGGGAGAGAACGAUGGGGAGGGAGAUAGGUGGACAGCCGCUUCAUCCCGAGCUUUCUGCGACCAGGUAGUGGCUUUCGAGCCCGUAAUGGCAGACGGCUACGCCUCUUCGCCUGGAGAUACACACCUUCCAUCCGCACCGCUGCGGCUCCUCCAAGAUCUAGCGGCUCUCCUUCCGUUACUGCCUGAACUCGAUCUCUCCAGUCCAAAUCUGGACCCAGUGUCCAAUCUUUCGCCUCUUCCCUUAUCACCACCUCUCCUCCUCUACCUCGGCCUCAUCACCCCUGACGCCGACAACGACUCAGACUCGGCGAAACUACAAUCUGCGAUACCCACGGGACAGUCGGUAUUCGAGCUUCUCGCGUCUCUGACCUCGGAGACAACGGCGGAUGGCCCUGACAAGAAGGACCCGAGGAAUGCAACGGUAUCGGCUGAGACGUACGCCAAGCUCUACGCAGCUUCGGUUGAGGCUUGCCAGCAGAUCGGAGAUUGCGCGUCACUUGCGAGCCAGGAGGGCGUGGAGGCGGGGUCAAAGCGGGGCAUGAGCUAUCUGGAAGCCGAGAGGGUAUGUGCAUAUCUGGCGACGGUGAUGGAAGGGAAGGGGCUGGGCGUGAGAGUAGUGGUAUCGGAGGGCAUCGACUUGUAG